AGCCGAAAACAACAAAACGAAAGCAAAUUUUAGUUCAUUCGUGGAAAGAUUUUCUCAGUGUGCAGUUCGGAGUUUAAUCAAGCAUCAGAAUUAUGGAUAAAGUUGUUAAAUUCGCUGAGCCCGGACGUGCCUUUGCCAAGGAUUCAAUUCGUCUCGUCAAGCGCUGCACGAAGCCCGAUCGCAAGGAAUUCCAAAAGAUUGCCAUUGCCACAGCAAUUGGUUUCUGCAUCAUGGGCUUCAUUGGUUUCUUCGUCAAGCUGAUACAUAUUCCUAUCAACAACAUUAUUGUUGGCUCCUAAACUGAAGUGCAACAAUUGCAGCAGCGGCGGCAGCGGCAGUGGUAACAACAGCAAAUACAAAUUUUUUUUGUUUAGUUUUAUACGACCAUGUGUAAUAUUGUUCAACAAAACAUUCAACGAAUGUCUUGUCAGCAAAGGCGAAACGUUUAAUAAUAAUCAUGUUCGAGAUUUCCAUUUCCAUAAAAUAUACACAAAACACACACACCCCUUAGCUUAUAAGAAACAAUUGUAAAAGAACAAGAAAUAAGUCGAUCAGAAUUUAAA